CGGUCGCCUACUGAAUGUUCGCAUUUUCAUGAUCUUACUCAUUUACACAACUCAUCCAUCGCCAUCAUUGCAGUUUCAUGCAACCCGUCGCCCUGCUACAGUGCGCCGUCACCCAGCGUCAUCGCCGGCCAUAUCUUUCAUGCAUAGGCCGCACAGACCUCCGCCUACAAUAAACCCACAGCAACCCGGUUUACUGCGCCACCUCCGCGAAGUUCUUCGCUUCUCUUCUCGCACCGUCACCAUUCCUCCCGCUCAGAACGACCAGCUCCAUGAUCGGCUAGAUGUACGUCUCUUUAUCUCGGAUCCUUCAUAGUUAGCUCAACGAUCUCACCGCAGUUCCCUGCUACGUCGCCCAUAUCCCACAAAUGCUCUCUCUCAGGGCUGGCCACAACUGAUGCGUAUCCAGUCUGAAACAACUUCUCUGCCUAGCCAGAUUUUGCGCCGCUCGAAUAGAGUCACGCUGUCCCUGCGGCAGCACCUCGCCUUCCCUAGGUCAAGGCGCAGCCAAGAGCCACCGGUCGUUGAAGUCGCGGCCGGACGCAAGUUCCCUGUAAUGUGGAUCCCCUUUCCUCUCCUUCCGUAUUUUCUGAUUGGUGCCCUACAGCGACUUGUUGCUGCCAAUCUACCGGAAUACAUAAAAGUCGAUGACACCCGACAUCCGUCUAGCCAACAGAUGCAGAUUGCUGUGUCGCAGGACAUGAAGGAAAACUCCUCAUCGUCCGAGUCAUCUGACAUUGAUUCGCUCCCAGACGUGCAUUGGUGCAAGGCGUUCUUCUGCUACUACUCGUGCUGGUCUCACGGUAGACUGAGGAUGCCUCCGCGAUGGCGCUUAAAGAAUGUGGAUUCGCCCCAUCAGGAUGGUAUGACGAGUAGUGGUCGCGAUGGGGCUCGCGGUUAGAGCCAGUAGUCUAAUGUGCACUCGUGUUUGUUGAAUGUGAUGAAUCUGUAAGUUACGUAGCCACGGAAGGUUUAGAGUUUAGCCUUUGAAUUGAUAACCUGCUACUUAGCGACAUCGAUAUCGAUAUUAAAAUCUUAUCUGAACUUUCAGUGUGAACGAACAGUGGCCCCCCGGUAUAUGACUACCCUUGGCAAUUCAAGUGAAUUCUGAGGAAAUGUGUUGAUUCAGAAGUCCAUAAGAUGCGUCC